GAAUCUUCCGUCAACAUGGCGCGGAUGAUGAUACGUUAGCCUAACUUGAGUAGCUCGUGUUUCAUCUUAACACGCGGUUAAGGUAAUUUCACAAGAAAUUACUGAACUCUUAAUUAAAAAUGGAGCCCGAAAGUCAUACUAAAAAGAGGUCCCAUGGAGAAGACAAAUCCGGCUCAGAUAGAUCGGAGAAUGAUGAUUACGUUCCGUAUGUUCCAGUUAAAAUCAGAAAACAACAAAUGCUACAGAAGAUGCUACGUCUGCGAGGAAAGGCAGUGGACGAAGAGCAGAAGGACAGUGGGGAGGAGCAGAGGGAUGAGGACGAGGGUCUCGGUCCACGCUCCAACGUAAGUCUGCUUGACCAGCAUCAGCAUCUGAAGGAAAAGGCAGAAGCCCGAAAGGAGUCUGCCAAAGAGAAGCAGCUGAAAGAGGAAGAGAAGAUUCUUGAAAGUGUUGCAGAGGGAAGAGCUCUGAUGUCUGUAAAAGAAAUGGCUAAAGGUAUCAUAUAUGAUGAUCCAAUUAAAACAAGCUGGAAGGCACCCCGCUACAUCCUGAACAUGCCAGACACCAGACACGAACGGGUCAGGAAGAAAUUCCACAUUCUGGUUGACGGAGAAGGCAUCCCUGCUCCCAUCAAAAGCUUCAGGGAGAUGAAGUUUCCACCAGCAAUUCUAAAAGGUUUAAAAAAGAAGGGGAUUGUGCAUCCGACGCCAAUUCAGAUUCAAGGAAUCCCCACGGUGCUGUCGGGCCGAGACAUGAUUGGCAUCGCCUUCACUGGAUCAGGGAAGACUUUGGUUUUCACUCUGCCAAUCAUCAUGUUUGCCCUGGAGCAGGAGAAGAGGCUGCCUUUCUUCAAGCGAGAAGGACCGUAUGGGCUCAUCAUCUGUCCUUCACGAGAGUUGGCGAGGCAGACGCACAGCAUCAUCGAGUAUUACUGCAAGCUGCUGGAGGAGGAAGGAGCUCCUCAGCUGCGCACUGCGCUCUGUAUCGGAGGAAUGUCUGUCAAGGAGCAGAUGGAGGUGGUGAAACAUGGCGUCCACAUGAUGGUUGCCACCCCUGGAAGAUUGAUGGACCUGCUGCAGAAGAAGAUGGUCAGUCUGGACAUUUGUCGCUACUUAGCUCUGGAUGAAGCGGACAGAAUGAUUGACAUGGGGUUUGAAGAAGACAUCAGGACCAUCUUUUCCUACUUCAAGGGACAAAGGCAAACUCUGCUUUUCAGCGCUACGAUGCCCAAGAAGAUCCAGAACUUUGCAAAGAGCGCUCUGGUCAAACCUGUCACCAUUAACGUGGGCCGCGCCGGAGCUGCCAGCUUGGAUGUCAUCCAAGAAGUAGAAUAUGUCAAAGAGGAGGCCAAGAUGGUGUACCUUCUCGAAUGUCUCCAGAAAACACCGCCUCCAGUGUUGCUGUUUGCUGAGAAGAAGGCCGACGUUGAUGCCAUUCAUGAGUAUCUGCUGCUGAAGGGGGUGGAGGCCGUGGCCAUACAUGGAGGAAAAGAUCAGGAAGAAAGAACAAAAGCUAUUGAAGCAUUCAAAGAAGGAAAGAAAGACGUGUUGGUUGCCACAGAUGUUGCUUCCAAGGGUCUGGAUUUUCCAGCUAUUCAGCAUGUAGUGAACUACGACAUGCCCGAAGAGAUAGAAAAUUACGUCCAUAGAAUUGGAAGAACUGGACGAUCAGGGAAGACUGGGAUUGCCACAACGUUCAUCAAUAAAGGCUGCGAUGAGUCCGUCCUGAUGGAUCUGAAGGCUCUGCUGGUUGAAGCCAAACAGAAGGUCCCCCCGGUCCUCCAGGUGCUGCAGACCGGAGACGAGACCAUGCUGGACAUCGGAGGAGAGAGGGGCUGCACGUUCUGCGGAGGUCUCGGCCAUCGUAUCACAGACUGCCCCAAGCUGGAGGCCAUGCAGACCAAACAAGUCACCAACAUCGGACGGAAAGACUACCUGGCUCACAGCUCCAUGGACUUUUAAGACGUUCAUGAACAGAACGAACCCUGUCGUGUUGACAGAAGCGAGAAAUGUUUGUGAGGAAAGUGCAGUUACGUAUAAUGUCAGCGAAUUAAGGAAGUAUCUUUUCAUCACGUACUUCAUGAAGGUCACUUGGUUAAUAAUCACUUGAUUUGACCUUUUUCUUCUUCUAAAGGUUCUAGGUUUAAAUGUGUAUUUGUAAAACCCAAACUUUAAAGGUCUAACUGUAAAUAAAACCUUUUAUAUUU